CAGCAGACAGCUGCAUAUGUGAUAAAAAAAUUCGUAUGCGGAGCAACUCCGUACGUGCCGUCCACGUAGUUUCGUUUACCGUUUAGUAUGCACCGGUCCGCACAUUUCCUUCGCGCUGGGCCGCACACUGCCUUGCAUCGAUACGGUAGAUACGGACAAAGCCUAUGAAAGGAGGCAAAUACGUACGGUGAUGGAGCCUGUGACAGCUGCACACGGGGGCCUUCCAGAUACCGUAGCAUCGGCCAUGUCUGCAGAGCUGACUGCAGCGCUUUCUGCGUUCACUGUUGAUCUCUACAAGCAGGUACUUGCAAAGAGCAGCGGAACGAAAAACAUAGUUGUCUCCCCAUUCAGCAUUGCAGCCGCCUUGUCAAUGACUCUUGUAGGAGCCAGAGAACGCACAGCUGACGAACUUGCAAAUGUCCUACAUGUAAAAGACAACUUGAUCCACUCGCAGUUCUCUGAAUUCUUUGGCAGCGUUUCAGCCUAUUCACCAGAUGUGGUGCUGCAGGUGGCAAAUCGUGUGUAUGCAGAAGAAACUUAUAACAUUCUCGAAGAGUAUCUUGCCACAUUGAAGAAAUUUUAUAAUAGCACUGUAGUGCCAGUGGAUUUCAAGAAUGAGGCUGAAGCGGUUAGACUCACUAUAAAUGCUUGGGUAGAAGAAGUUACGAAGUCAAAGAUCAUUGACCUUCUUCCCUCUGGUGAACUGGAUUCUGACUGUGUGCUUGUUUUGGUGAAUGCCGUUUACUUCAAAGGUCUGUGGGACAAGCAAUUUAAUGCUGAAGCAACAGCACUUAAGAAGUUUCAUGCUUUAAAAGAAGCAGCAAAAGAAGUUCACAUGAUGUACAAGCAGUCGGAGCUCAAGAUAAAUGUGGAAUGUGGUGACUUGAAUGCUGCUGCUGUUGAAAUCCCUUACAAAGGCGGCAAGACAUCUAUGGUGAUACUUCUUCCUCAUGAAGUGGAUGGCCUUCCACAGCUUGAGGCAGCACUAACUCCAUCGAAGCUGUUGGACAUUGUAGGGGGACUUGAAACACAUGUUGUUGAACUCAGUCUUCCACGGUUUAAGAUUGAACUGAGUGUGGAUAUAAAAAACGUGCUUCAGUCAAUGGGUGUACAGGACCUGUUCUCACACAAAGCCGACCUAUCUGGCAUAGGUGGGAAGAAAGACCUUGUAGUUUCGGCUGCCUUGCACAAGGCUUUUGUGGAAGUUAAUGAAGAAGGUACAGAAGCGGCAGCUGCUACGGGGAUAGUGAAAAAGAAAAAGAAAAGGUGUAUCAUUAGCACAAUUCCUUUUGUUGUUGACCACUCUUUCAUGUUUUUCAUUAAAAGUCAUGACCCAGACGUCAUUCUUUUUGCUGGUUCAGUGCGAGACAUGCCUAGUGCAGUCUGAAGUGUGAAACAUAUAUCUCCAGCUUUAGGAUUAACUUUACAGAAAUUCACAUUAUGCUGAAUAUUUGCCAGAUAGGAGCAAAGGCAACAAAAAAGUACUUUUAUCAUUUUGUAUGUACUAGUAGAGAGGCAUUAAUUUGAUGCUGACUUGUUCUUCAAAUGUGAGCUGUAGUGAAUGUAGAGAGGCUCUACGAACCAUGCUUUCUAUAUAUAUGAUGUAGUAGAAAGGUGGGUGGAUUCAUUCGGUCAACACGGCUCCGAGUCACUUGUGUAGAUGUGGCUGGUGUCUGUCAGCACCCUUCAUUGUACGUGGUGUCGGAAGUGGCUGCUGUUCGCUCUAUGUAAUGGCGAACACGCUGGAUGCGGCAUUUGCUGGGGUGCCUGGACUCCAACAGCCACCGAGCUUUGACUUCGCCGACCUAAGUGCGUGGUCUACCUGGAUUAAACAGUUCGAGGACUAUGUCUACAUACGCUACAGGACUGCACAGAGCUACCAAUGAGGUUCGGGUAUGGACGCUUCUUUAUUGCGUGGGUGUUCAAGCUCGAUGCGUGCUGACUUCUUUCAACUUGUCUGCAGAAGAAGUUCAGUCGUACAGUGUUGUGAAAAGCAAGUUCACCUCAUAUUUCGUGCACCUGCUAAACGAAGUUCACUAGAGUUAUCGUUUUCAAAGCGGACGCAGCAAGGAGACGAAAGUGUUGAUGUCUUUUUUUCCGCGUUGCAAAUAUGCAACAACGUCGAGGACAGGCUUGUUCGAGACCAAUUUAUUGCUGGUUUGUUGGACAGCAGUUUAUUGGAAAAACUCUGCCGCACUUGCGACUUGACGCUUGAUAAAGCCCUCCUGCAUGCACGGCUGCACGAAGAUACCGAACGAGAAAAACGUGAAGGAGAAAACCAGUUAUCUGGGCCAGUCUACAUUGAUGCAGCGCACACAGGCCGGUAAGAAGGCAGUCACGUAAUCAAGCAUUGGGAUCAAGAGAAACACUCCUCGCCGGCGCGCACAGAUCAUGUCACUUCUGCGGAUGAGAAGAGCAUCAGCAGGAAUUUUGUCCUGCCAUGAAAGCUGUCUGCAAGUUUUGCAAAAAGAAAGGACAUUUCGAAGCACUUCACUUAGCUAAACAACGCUCGCAAAGCUGACAGUCGCAUGCCAUUGAGAUGCAUGCUGUCAAGAGCAGUCAUGAGGCAAACGCUAAGUUUGUUUGGGUCCACAUGAAUGGAGUCCCACUCAAGUUCAAGGUUGACUCAGGAGUGGAAGUUACUGUCGUUCCAAGCACUUUUUCAGGAGUACCGUCGCAACUUAAAAAACCGGAGGGUCAUCUGACUGGUCCAGGAAAUUAUCCUUUGAAAGUAACUAACCACUUCACAGCUACGUUGGAGUGGAAGAGCUGCACCUCGUCAGUGUACGUCAUGCCUUUGCAGUCUACACCUCUACUAGGCUAUCCUGCUAUCCUCGCAUUGGGAGUCGUGAAGCUCCAAAUGCGAGGAUGUCGCACAACGACCUGAAAAGCAAGCCAGCUCUGCAAGUGACACAAUCCUUUGCCAGGACAUCUUCGAAGGGCUUAGUACCGUAGGGGAGGAGUGCACUAGUCGACUCAAGCUAAAUGCCAGGCCAUUUGCUCUCAGUGUACCUCACAGAAUUCUCAUUCCUCUCUACAACCAGGUAAAGGAGGAGCUGGCUCAGAUGAAAAAAACAAGGUGUCAUCAGGCGCAUUACGAAGCUGACGCCAUGUUGUGCCGGUCUGGUUGCAGUACCAAAGGCAUUAGGCGGCACCCGAAUAUGUGUGGACUUAACGAAGCAUAACAAAGAAGUUCUUUGUGAAAGGCAUGUGCUUGCAACGGUCGAAUGGGUGCUCGGGCAACUGGGUGACGCAAAAGUGUUGUUGAAGCUGGACAUGACAGCAGGAUUUCACCAAGUGCGAUUGUCCCAAGAAUGCCAAAAGUAUACAACAUUCAUCACGCUAUUUGGAUGCUACUGCUACUGUCAUCUACCUUUUGGCCUGACUUGAGCACCGGAGUAUUUUCAGAGAGGAAUAACUAGAAUUCUGGAGGGACAGCUGAACCUCGUCAACAUAAUAGACAAUUUCUUAGGGGGUGGGCAACGCUACCCAGACGAACGACAAAGGAAGAGACAAUACAAGAGACGAUACUUUGUCGUUCGUCUGGGUAGCGCUGCGCACCCCCUAAGAACAUGCUCAGUUCCCAACUCGCCCAGCUUGCUGUGUUAAUAAUAGACAACAUCCAGGUUUUUGGCAAAGACUGAGAAAAGCAUGACAAGCGACUUGUGGAGGUUCUUCAACAUCUGAUGAGAGCCGGAGUUAAACUCAACAAGUCAAAAUGCUGUUUUGGUCAUGACAAAGUAGAGUUUCUGGGUGUGGUCAUCGACGCCUAUGGUAUCUCGCCAAGUCCCAGCAAACUCGAAGCACUGCGCAACUUGGAGCCACCCAAGGACGUUACUGGUGUUAGGCGCUUCCUCCGCAUGGCUAAUCAUAUCGGUCGCUUCCUGCCCAACCUUUCGCAGGCAACCGCCCCUAUUCGCACCUUGCUAGGUGAGCAAAAUGCAUGGCAAUGGGGACCGCUUCAAGAGACCGCUAUUAAUCGGGUAAAGGCUGUGCUUACCUCAGACUUGUGCGUCGCGAAGUAUCAUCUUGGUCGUAAUACCAUUGUCUCAUGUGACACGAGCUCAUUUGGAUUGGGAACUGUUCUUCUGCAGGAAUAACCAUCGGGGAGCAAUGCACGGUAGGGUUCGCAUCCAGGUCGCUAACUGAAGUGGAACAGCGCUACAGCCAAACGGAGAAAGAGGCGCUGGUGGUAGCAUGGGCAGUGCACCGUUUUGACCAGUAUGUGUGUGGCCUAAACAUCACGGUAGAAAUCGAUCACCAGUUGCUGCUAUCACUACUUGGAAACGCUGACUUGGACACGAUGCCCCCACAUUUUCUAAGGUUUAGCAGCAAACUUAUGCGCUAGCAAUUUAGCAUGGUCUACAUUCCUAGCAAACAGCCAGCCACUGCAGAUACUCUUUCAAGGGCUCCGAACGAGUAGCCGUCAAUCAGUCCGGUGGUUGUGGUAGAGGAGUUUGUGGAAUUUGAAGUUGUUACGCUGACAGAAACGAAGCUGGUUACUGUAGAUGAUGCUCGCAGGCACCAAGAACUGGACUGGGAAUGCAACCAGCUCAUCAAUUACUACACCCAGGGCCGGCCUCGUCGAGACAGGCUUCCGGAGCAAAUCAAGUACCGGAGCCAUCAAGGUGAUAUCUCUUUGUGCAACGGUGUCCUGCUAAAAGGUAAUUGCUUUUCCAUCCCGGCUUCGCUGCAAAAGGAUACGUUCAAACUUAUCCAUGUAGGCUACCAGGGAAUUAACCGAUGCCGCCGGAGAGCCCAGGAUUCUGUGUGGUGGUUCGGACUUUCGCAGCAAAUAUGGGGCAGAGUCACUCUCUGCAGACAUUGUGCAGUCACACGAGCGCAAAAAAGUGAGCCAUUGGUGGCAAUGAAGGCUCCAGCGCAACCGCGGCAAGAAGUAGGAAUGGACUUGUUUUGUUAUUUGGGACACAACUACCUACUAGUAGUUGAUUAUUGUUCUCACUACCCUGAAGUCAUCUACAUGCAAAGGAUGAACUGUGAGGCAGUCAUCAAUGCGGUCAAAAGCAUUUUUGCUCUAUUUGGCAUUCCCGCAGUAGUACGAAGUGAUAAUGGACCGCAGUUUGCUUCACAUGCCUUUGCAGCUUUUGCGAAGCACUGUGGCUUCCAACACAUCACCUCAAGUCCAAACUACCCACAGUCAAAUGGGGAAGUUGAAAGGAUGGUGCGUAGAAUCAAAGAAUUGUUUGCGAAAGCAGACAGUCCUUUUCUGGCUCUUCUGUCGUACAGAGACAAUGCAGGCGUCACAGGGUUCAGCCCAGCGCAGCUAAUGUUGGGCUGCAGCCUGCGAACCAGACUCCCCAAGGCAGUGGAGCGCCUGGAGCCGAAGUGACCUGUGCCAGACGAUGUCAAGUGCCAACACGAAGAGGUCAGAAAGCGGCAGAAGAAAGACUUGGAUCACCGUCAUGCCGCGACUGUCCUUCCUCCGCUGCAGCAGGGAGAUCGGCGUGGGUUCAAGACAUAAAUGAUAUGGAGUGUGUUCUCAGCCCAGUCUCCAAGCCUCGCUCGUACGUCGUGAAAACACCCACUGGGGUGCUUGUGCGUAGUAGGUUGCAUCUAGUGCCCUAUUCCGACCCAACGAUGAGCCAGCUCAGAGUGAAAACCGCAUGGAGCACGAAGAACGGACCACGGUAAAAGAAACCACGGCAACAGUGACACCACGAGUCUCCCAAUGGUCGCGGAGUGAGUCACCAGGUUUGGGUGUUAAAUCAAGACUCCGAAAAGACUUGACUUGUGAAGUGUUUGGUUUUUCUUGUGGGCAUAUCUCGGGGGAGAGAUGUAGAGGGGACUACGUGCCAGACUUUCUAUAUAUAUGAUGUAGCAGUCCAAUAAAGGUGAGUGGACUUGUUCAGUCAACACGGCUCCGAGUCACUUGUGUAGAUGCAGCUAGCAUCAGUC